AAUCAUAGCGGAAUUCGGUAGAGUUUUUCACAAGCUCUUUAAAAAAAACAUUAUUUAAAAAUAAAAGAAAGAAAAUCACACUUCGCUUUGGCUGUUCUGAUCAAUACACAACCCAAACCCUCACCCUCUCUCUCUCUCUCUCUCUGUUUUCUCUUCCCUCUCCUUUUCCAACGCUUGCAUUCCCUUGAAAACCUAGAAAUCUCUUUCUCUCUCUCUCUCUCUCUCUCUCUUGCUCGUUCGCUCUCUCGCUCAUCAAUCGCGCAAUCCAAUUUCUCUCUCUAGCUAUUUUCGCUGAUUCCGAAGCUCAAUCGGCUUCGUUUCCGUUUCUCCGAUCUCUCUUUGGUCACGAAAUCCCUUUGCAAGUUGAAGCCUUUUUGACGACCACCAUGGCCGAUAGGAAACUCAGUCUGCCCGACGAUCCCCUUCUCUCCAAGAUGGCUGAUGGACACUACUCUGUCAAAAAUGAAGCCAUGGAAGGGAAUGGCGAGGAAAAGGUGCAAACGGGGUUACUUGAUGAGGCAAAAGAUCAAGUGGCAUCCGAAAGCAGCAUUCCUCUUUCUCCUCAGUGGCUUUAUGCUAAACCAGUUGAUGCAAAGUCAUUUACUACUGGCACAUCAGGAGAAAUGCGUGCACCUGCUUCUUUGCCCCAUGGCAAUUCUGCUGAUCCCAAUCAGAGGGAAAGUUGGCGAUUAGAUGGAUCUCAGGACAAAAAAGAUUGGCGGAGGACUACACCUGAUGUGGAGAUUAACCGUCGCUGGCGUGAAGAGGAGAGAGAAACAAGUCUACUUGGUAGGCGAGAUCGCAAGAAAGAUGAUCGUCGUGUAGAUGUCACUUCAACGAGGGAUGUUACUGAAAGUAGAGCAUUGUCUUCUGACCGCUGGCAUGAUAGCCGCAGUUCUGGUCAUGAUUCCCGGAGAGACAACAAAUGGUCAUCAAGGUGGGGUCCUGAAGAUAAAGAGAAGGACGCUCGAGUUGAGAAAAGGACAGAUGCUGAGAAAGAAGAUACUCACAUUGACAAGCAAUCUUUUGUUAAUAACAGUCGUGCUGGUUCGGAGCGUGACAGUGAUUCUCGUGAUAAAUGGAGGCCAAGGCAUCGCCAAGAAGGACACUCAGGUGUAGCUCCAUAUCGUGCUGCACCUGGAUUUGGUUUGGAGAGAGGACAGGUGGAAAGCUCAAAACCUCGAUUUUCUUUGGGACGAGGAAGGCCAACUAGUGGGUCUGUUACUCUGGAUAAGAGUACCAGUAUAUUGGGAAAAGGUGGUUCCUCUUCUGUAAAAUGUAGCUAUCCCCGAGGAAAACUUCUUGAUAUUUAUCGUAAGCAAAAGACUACUGCACCUUUUGAAACCCUGCCUGAUGGGAUGGAGAUUAUUUCGUCAAUUAUGCAAGUUGGUCCUAUUGAGCCAUUAGCAUUUGUUGCACCUGAUGCUGAGGAAGAGGCUGUUAUAGGAGAUAUAUGGAAAGGAAAAAUCACUAGCAGUGGAGUUGCAUACAACUCAUUUAGGGACAAGGAUGCAGGAUCUUUACAUGAUUGUGAUGGAAUUGAUAAUGUGACUUUAAGUGAGGGGAAACAGAAACUCUCAAUUAACAUUGACCAAGCUGAUGACUCUGUUGGAGAGGCGGCUUUGAAAAAUUCUUUUCAAAUUACUACUGCUGAGCGUCAGAUGGAUAUGUUUGAGGGUGUAACUGAUGGGUUGGUCCCAGCAGUAUCAAAGAGCUAUCAUAACACUGCUGUGGAUGUUGCUGGCUUGGGCAACGAUGUUGAUGAGCUUAGAGGUUUUGAAGAUCAUCGGGUGGGAGAUUUUGAUCUUCUGAAGCAUCCCAAGUUGGAAGGUGUCCAGUUUACUACCGAAAUUGGUAGCCAACUUCCUGAUGAUUCGAGUUCUCUAUUUGAUUUUUCAUCAUUACAGCAAGACUGGAUCGGUGAUCAGCACCAUGUAAAGAGCAAUGAGGAUGCACAUGUACUGGAAAGAGUUAUCCCACCUGAGGAAUUAAGUUUGUGCUAUCUUGAUCCUCAAGGCAACAUUCAGGGACCAUUUUUGGGGAUUGACAUUAUUGCAUGGUUUGAGCAAGGCUUUUUUGGGACUGACCUACAAGUUCGUUUGUCUGAUGUCCCUGAUGGCUCUCCAUUCAAAGAACUUGGUGAUGUCAUGCCACAUUUGAAAAGUAAAUGUGAUCCUGCCUCAAGAAAUAAUUUAAGUGAUGUUGUUGGCAGUUUGGAAGAGGAUAUAUCUGCUCCUGCUUCUGCUCGUGAAUACGAGGGAUCUGCUAUUCUGAAUAAUCAACAUUGGGUUUCAUGUGGUUCAGAGGCUGCUUCAAGUGUCGGUGUGCAGUCAAGAAUACCUGACCAUGGUUAUAAUUCUGGGGUCCAGUAUCAGGAAAACCAAAGUUUUCAAGAUUUUGUUGCAGAAGAUGAAGAAAUUGUCUUUCCUGGAAGGCCUCAAAGUAGCAAGAGUAACAUGACGGGAUCUUCAACUGACAUUCAGGGAUCAUUUUCAAACCCUUCCAACCAUCAAUCCCUUGCAAAUGAAUUUUCAGAGACUGGCUUACCUAAUAAUCAGGAUGAUAAGUUGCAUCCAUUUGGCCUAAUGAUGUCUGAACUUAGAGGAAGCUCUCAUUUGAAGCGUGCUCAAUCAUCCAAUAUGUCUUUAAACACUGGUGACCAGGGGCACUUUAUGGAUCCUUUGCUUGGACGAGAUGCAUCCGUUGCCGGUCAGAGUUUGUUUAGGUCUAUGACUGAUCAACAUUCUUUUGGAGAGAAUAUAACUAUGGAUCCGAAUGUUAAUCGAGGUCCUGUAAAUCGUAAACAGUUGCCUCACAUAGGGCAAGAAUACAAUGGUUUUGACCUGGCUGAGCAUGUGCUAUCACAGAAAUUGCUGAAGGAACAACUUGAACAGCAGAAUAAUCUUUCACAUCAUUCCUUUGCACAUAUUUCAGGGAUGAGUGGAGAGCAAUUUCCAAGUUAUGGUCUUUCUCGGAGCAAGAGCUCUAAUAUCCAGCAAUCCAUACAUCAUAUGGUGCCUGAUAUGGAACAUAUUUUAGAACUUCAGUUUCAGCAGCAGCAGCAACAUCAGUUGGAGCUUCAGCGGCGUCAUCAAUUGCAGCAGCAGCAACAGCAUCAACAGCAAUUGCAGCAGCAGCUUCAGCUUCAGCAGCAACAAAUGAAAUUACAGCAGAUACAGCAGUCUCAAGCUCAGCAGUUGCUUCUUGAGCAAUUGCUGCAGCAUCAGAUGUCUGAUCCUGGUUAUAGACAGCUUAAGGUAGAUUCUACAGUAGAUAGCCUGUUUGAUCAAGUUCAAUUAAGAAAGCACCUUCGUCAUGAACUACAGCCAAAAUCUCAUUCUUCAAGACACCUUGAUCCAUCACUAGAGCAUAUUUUUCAAGCAAAUGCUGCCCAACGAGCCCUUGGAGGACGGGAGACUGAUUUUUUGGACCUUCUAUCACAUGUAAAAUAUGGGAAUACGCUCCCUCUAGAACAGCAGCAUCGCUUUCAGCAAGAAGAGUUGCAGGCACAGCAGUUAUCUAUGGCAUUGAGACAGCAGUUGGGGAUGGAGGGCGAGAGGCGUGUUGAUGGACCUUGGUUGGUAGAUGAAGCAGGUCAAUUUGUCAGGAAUCCUGCUGGUCAUCACCAGGCUCAGAUGUUAGGAUUUAAUCCUUCAGAAAAUUAUCAGCAUCUGCAGAGGCUGGCCUCCCAUGAACAGCAACUAAACCAUCUCAACUGGAAUCAUACACUGCAGGAGCGACAUGAGCAGGGAUUUUAUGAACCUAACAUGGCAUUUGAGAGGUCGUCAGUUCCAGUUGGUUCUCCUGGGAUGAAGUUGGAUGCAGUAAAUUCUCAUGUCCAGGGUCUAGGCUUGCAGCAGCAAAACGUUUAUGCACCUUCUUUUGAUAAAUUGGGUUCAAUUUCCUCUGGUGUUUCCCCUCACCUUCAACAAAUGUCAGAUGCAUUUUAUGGUUCUCAUCCAGUUGCUUUUGAGAGCUCCAGGUCUGGCAACAAUGGGCAGCUAGAAAAUAGCUCUAUUGAAGCAAGGAUACAACAAUUGCAGCUUGAUGCUGAGCGAAAGCGGAUGGAGUCAGAAGCUACUUUGACUUUUGCAGAUACAAAUAAUUGGGCAUCAACUGAAGGUGAUAAAAAACGAGUUUUAAUGGAUAUUCUUCACCAAAAACUGGGUCAUCAACGUGCGCAGUCAUCAGAAGUUGAUUAUCAACAUUCUCUAUCAUCUACCAGAAGCCGGGAAACCUUUUUUCCAGUUUCUGAGUCAAGCUCCUCACAUCUUCCUUUUAAUCUCCUCCCAGAUCAGCAGGUUGGUAUGAUGGAGGGUCAUCAGAAUUCCAAUAUAAGUGUCUUGUUGCAAGGUUAUUCUGGCAACAUUGGCAUGAAUGAACAAUUUAACAAGAUGGUGAGCAAUGAGAAAUCGCUUCUUAGAUCUAAUACAGGAGCAUUGGUGGAGGACCAGUCAUUUGUGUCUGGUAUUAGGGAUGCUUCUCAUACUAGUUUUAUGGAGACUGCCUUGAUGGGUAAAUCAGCUGGUGAUGAAGACUAUUUGAAGUUGGAAGGAAGUAAGGAAAAGAGACAGGGGAUGAAAGGCAUGCUCUCGGUGGGCAGAUUAGUUUCAGAGAUGGAAGGCAAUGUAGCUGACCAAGAAGAAAAAUCCUUUGAUUAUGGGGAACUACCUAGCAAUGCUCAUAGCAGGCACAGCUCAAUGAGCAGUACUGGUGGCAGUGGAGGCUUUUAUGGCUAUGAGACGGGAUUACAUAAAUCGCUUGGAGAAGAGGUUUCUAACGGGCGAUUGCCUUCUUCUCUACCAAGAGGGUUUGACAAUGCUUCACACAAAUCCUUGCCUGUGUCUCGGGUGCUAUCUUCCCAGGAUGUCUCUGAAACAGCAUCAGCUCUGCCCGUCAAGCAGACAAACUCUAUGAGCCUUGCUUCUGAUGAAGGGAGGCGGGGUGCUGAAGGGAAUGCAGCUGCAAAUGUCUCUGAAACUAGGGCAUCGGGCAAAAAGGAUGUGCGUUUUAGGAGGACCUCGUCUUGCACUGAUGCUGCUGUGCCUGAGACAUCAUUCAUAGACAUGCUGAAAAAACCAGUAGUUUCAGAGGCUGAUGCAGCAGCCAGUGCAGGUUCUCUGGAGGCAUCUGAUGGCGGUGCCCAAUCAGGACGAGGUGGCAAAAAGAAAGGGAAGAAAGGAAGACAGAUUGAUCCUGCUCUCCUUGGUUUUAAGGUCUCAAGUAACCGGAUCAUGAUGGGUGAAAUUCAUCGACUAGAAGAAUGACAUGUGUUGAAUUUCUUGCAAAAAAUUUUGUUUCAUCUAUUUAUUUUUUUUUCCCAGAUAGAAGCUGUACAGUCAAUUUAAGUUCCAUAGUUAUCUUCCUCACCUCUGACCUCACUACUUGAUUUUUAUGAGCUCAUUUUCUUUUUGGAAAUACUGCCGUCGAUUGACUGGCUUGUAUAGUGUAAAGGUGGAAGUGAAAUUUUGUAUCUGUACAUUGAAUAACCAUUUUUGUAGGAAGAAAUUUUAUCAAUAAAAAGACGUACUUCCCACUUAA